ACACACACACACACACACACACACAGACAGACAGACAGACAGACAGACAGACGGACUGUCGGCGGAUCACGGAGCCUCCGACGCCGCCUCUGAGCCGCAUCAGACCGGGCAGACACGGAGCGCCAUGGCCGCUGAAGAGAGCCGAUCCACGGCCUGUACCGGCUCCAGCCUCCUGCAGCCGGUCAGCGAGCUCACCAACCUGCCGCUGGAUCAGGUGAACUUUGUGGUGUGCCAGCUGUGUGCGUUGCUGUCGGCCUUCUGGUUUCGUCUCUUCCUCCAUCCCAGUAAGACCAGUCCCUUCAUCAGACACGCGGUGGCCACUCUGCUGGGACUCUACUUCGCUCUCUUCUGCUUCGGCUGGUACGCCCUUCACUUCCUGGUUCAGAGUGGACUCACCUACGGUGUCAUGAUCCUGACCGGAGUCGAACACAUGCACAAGUACUGCCUCCUGGUGGCUCUCAGCUACCUGAGUCUGUGUCAGAUCACUCGGGUUUAUGUGUUCGACUACGGCAUGUACUCUGCUGACUUCACAGGCCCCAUGAUGGUGAUAACCCAGAAGAUCACCAGCCUGGCGUUUGAGAUCCACGACGGAAUGGCACGAAAAGAAGAAAAUCUGACUCCAGGACAGAAGAUUUUGGCCAUAAGGAGGAUGCCCAGUCUGCUGGAGUACUUCAGCUACAACUGUAACUUUUUGGGGAUCCUGGCCGGACCGACCUGCUCCUACAACGAUUACAUCGCCUUCAUCGAGGGAGACCCCCGUCGCCAUAGAGACCAGGACGCCGACAGGAAGUCCAACUGCAAGCUGAGGCAGAGCGAGCCCUCGCCAAACACGGAGGUGGUGCGUAAAGUGGCCACUUCGUUCUUCUGCCUGCUGGUCUUUCUGUCGGUGUGUAAAGUUUUCCCCGUGGAGCGAAACAUCGACGACGACUUCAUCGCCAGCACGCCGUUCUACACCCGUUUGGUCUACCUGUACCUGUCCAUGCUCACCACCAGACCCAAGUACUACUUCGUCUGGACACUUGCUGACGCCAUCAACAACGCCGCGGGCUUCGGCUUCAACGGCUACGCCAGUGACGGCUCUCCUCGCUGGGACCUCAUCUCCAACCUGAGGAUCCUGAACAUCGAGCCACCAGCUUCAAAGUCUUCCUCGACAACUGGAACAUCCAGACGGCUCACUGGCUCAAAAGGGUGUGUUACGAGCGGUGUCCCUACCACCCGACAGCAGCCACCUUCAUCCUGUCGGCCAUGUGGCACGGAGCGUACCCGGGCUACUACCUCACCUUCCUCACCGGCAUCGUCAUCACGCUGGCUGCUAGAGCGGUGCGACACAACGUUCGGCCACACUUCCUGCACUCCCCCAGCCAUAAAGCGCUCUAUGAUGUCAUCACGUGGGCCGCCACUCAGAUCGCCAUCUGUUACACGGUGGUGCCUUUCGUCCUGCUGUCCGUGGGUCCCUCCGUCAAGUUCUACAGGUCCUGGUACUGCAGCCUCCACGUCGGCUGCGUUCUGCUGGCCGUGGCGCUGCCGGUCAAACCGAGACACCUCCGCCUCAAAGACCAGCAGAAGAGCCUUCUCCAGGAGCCCACCGAGCGCCCCCUGGAGGCUUCAGACAGACGCUGCAGCCAGAAGGAAAAGACCACAUGAGACACAAAAGGACACGAAACAGAGGACGGAAAGGAACGACCGUGAACAGCAUUUUAUUUCCAUAAACUUGUGUAGAAAGACGAGGAGCCGAAGCAUAUCAAAUGGACCUACCUUUCUGUCUCGGGUACAGAAUCACAACGGUCACGGCAGCAAGUUAAAUAUACUGUAUUAUUUGGAUUCGUAGUACCAGACCGGGUACGAAAAACAGGCUGACCAGGUUGUACUUGAUGAAAUGUUUGCCCUAUUACGGAAGUUCGACUGCCACGACAGCAUUUGGACUCAAACUUCGACAAAUCUGCAAUGAUAAGGGAUAUAUAUAUACAUAUGUAUAUAUACUGUAACUUCAAAAAUGGAGCAGCUGCCCUGAUGGCAACCUCUGUGGUGUACCAACUGACUGUAUAUUCUCUCCGGUCAGAAAGACAAAGCAGAAAGGGAGGAAUGAGCGAAAGCAUGAAUAGAGAAGUGACCGAGCAGGAUGGGAAUGAAAGCAUUCAGUGUAUGAACAGCCAGGAUGAUUAUGUGGAUGAGUAAACGAAGGAAGGAGCAGACCAGAGAGUUUUGUGCGUUAGACAAGUAAAUGAAUGAACAAAGAAGGUUAGAAAAUGAACUUUUUCUCGUCCACAUUCCUCCCAGACUAUCUGACUGUCAUCGUGUUAUAAUCUAUUAAACACACUGCUUCUCAAACUGUUUUACCCCACGUACCACAGAGAAUAUCAGGCUCUCUACGUACUGUACCACCGUUAUGUUAGACCACGUUAAAAUAGACCUCUGCUGGUUCAUUAAAAUGCGAGCUGGUACCUGGAGGGAACGUGGAUAAAGGCUGUUUUACAGUCGCCGUAUAGCCUCCCAGUGACGUCAAAAUGAGAUAGAUCUCCCUUUAAUGCGCCUUCUUUAAUCAGACUUAAGUUCACCAAAACACAAGGAUCAAUCUGAGAAGAAGAGUUCAGUUAAGCAAAGUUUACUGAGUCCAGCAUAAGAGCUACAACACAGCUGUGGGUUCACAAACAGAGACUAAGUUUCCCUAGCAACAGACAUCAAGUCAGAGCUCAGUCCACCAAGAUGUCCUCCGAAUUAUGAGCUCCGAUCUGUUCUCUCCUUCAAGCUUUUAUCCUAUCCUCACAAGGGGGGGGGGGGUGUUAUGACUUAAGCUUAACUGUCACUGUGCAUCAGAGCAGUGGUGUAGUCUAAUGCAGGGGUCUUCAACAGGGGGUCCGGGACCCCUAGGGGGUCCUCAGGGGAAAUGCAGGGGGGCCUCCAAAUUAUUGUUAAGUUUUUUCAAAAAUUAAAAAGUCCUAACAUGAAUCCAACAUAUUAUUAGCAAAUACACCUAACCUAACCCCUAACCCUGAUAAUAGGCAUACUGGCCUAUAGGCAAGGUAGUCACUAAGGUAGCCAUCCACAGAUACAGUUAAUUUUAAGGAUUCACUGUGCCACAUGUA